AUGUCGGCAUACGCGAGAAAUGCAAAGAAAGGCGUCAAAAUCGGGGAAAAUCGGGAUGCCGGGGAGCUGAAAGAAAACGAUGCUGUGCCUACGAAAGAUGAGCUCGUUCUCCUAAUUAUGGGCGAUCCACAGUACCACUACCCUUGUGAAAUGACGAAUCUCGAAUGCAAGGCGGCUAGCCAGCCGAUAAGGAAAAACUUUAGACUGGAUUAUUUCCUCCGCCCACUACCCCCGAUCCUGACGAAUUGGACCGAAGCCCAGGAUGAGGCGAUAAAAGUGGAGAGCCGUUUCGCUAACAAGAUCCAGAGAAAUUCGUUGGAAAAAUUGAUUAGGUCAUUCCCCUACGAGCCCUCGGCACUGAUCAUCAACGGGGAUCUGACGAAUUUUGGGCACAAGCCGCAGCUGGACGAAUUUGUGUCUUACUGGCAAAAACUGCGCUUACGUUUUACAACUCAACAACGCUCUGGAUUACGAGCGGAACAUCACCUUUGCUUGGGCAGAAAAAUGGAGGAUAAGAUCCACGGUAUCCUGGCUGAAGCGACAACUGGAUUUAAUAGC